CCGCCAUGGGCAGAGUCAAACCUCAGGAGGUGGCACGAUCCACACGCCUGGUGUCUGCUAUGGGUGUAGGCCCCGCCAUGCCCUUACUUUCUGCCAGGUAUCAUAGCAUCAGGUACUUUAUACCAUCAUCUCAUCAGAACGCCCCUUAUGCCAGCCUUCUGAACUAGGUGGUAUCAUCCCCAUGUUGCAGAUGAGAACAUUGCGACUCAGAAUGUUAAUUGAUCAGCCCAGGAAAGCAAUGGUAGAUGCAGGAUUUCAAAGCCUUUGAAGGCUUUUCUGCUUGAAACUAUUAUAACAUAGAGUGUGAGAGAGUCUGGGCGGUGAGGUCAGAAGUCCUGUCCUUUCUAGCUGGGGCGCUCAUGCUGCUCACCCCCACUGGCAGCUGCUGUAGCUCAGCUGCCCACCUCCACGCUCGCUGCUGUUCAUCCAGGGUGCACUGCCAGACCCUGGCAUCCUUUGUCCCCCCUAAGCCCCCAGCAGCCAGCUGGAGGUUGAUGGGGCCAUGAGUUCUUCCCCAUCCUGUCCCCUCUGGGUGUGACGGGUGUGAGGGGCUUCCCCAGGCCUCCUCCAGUGACCUUUAUGUAUACUUCGUACUUUGUGGUAUGUAGAAGGUGACAGAGUGUGAGGUGAGAAGAGCUGCUACUUAGAGCUGCGCUGUGGGAAAAGGCUCCAGGUCCACGCAGGGAAAAGGCUGGGACAGGCCUGAGGCCAGGCUGGGCUUCUGACCAGCCCCAAGAGAAGCCUCAGCAGAGAUAGGAAGUCAGAAGUCUGGCAAUUGCUGACCAGAGGACAGAGGUCUCUAUGGAGACCAGAGGAACAGGAAGCACAGCCACUGGGGGGAGGGGAUGUUGGAAACACAGAGGCAUGUGUGCCUGGCCUGGGAGCUUCUAGUAAAAGGUCAAAUCAGCCUCUGUGGACAGAUAAGGAAACUGAGGCCUGUGAAAGGACAGCUUAGCACAUGGUCGCACCCUGGCCUGGCCUGCUUUGCUCCCCACUUGGAGUGACUGCACCAUCAGGCAGCUGAGGAUACUCCUGGACAGAUGUGGACUCUGGGCUGCUGGCAACACAGGGGCCAGAGCGCUGUGGGAGCACUUGUAAGCUGCCCCCAUGUCGUGAGGCGGGGUGUGCAGGUGACCUCUUCCUCCUGGCCUCUCGGCAGUGUGGGUCUGGGGCAGCAGGCAGGGCCCAGCCCUCACCGCCACCCACAGAGCGCCUGCAGUACCUCCCCCACCGCUGACUGUGGCCUUUUGUUUUCUGGGUGACACUAGCAUCAGGCGGUGUGUCCGGGUGACUAAUCUUCUCCAGGCUGGGCAGCUGUCACAGGGCGGCCUGACCAGACGGGCAAAGAAAGCUGACACCCUGGGGGAGUGCUGGCAAGCCAGUGCCCUGGCAGCAGUGGGCAGCUAGGCCUUCAAGCUCCUCUUCCUGGGUGCAGAGCAGACCCCAAGUCAGGCAGACCAGGGUUCAGGUCCCGUUUCUGCCAUUGACUGGCUGUGUGACCUUGGCUUAUUACUGCGCCUCUCAAAGCCUCAGUUUCGUCAACUCUGUAAUGGAGCCCUUCAUUCUUUUUGCCUCACAGAGUUGUAGCGGGAAUCAGAAAAGAUGGUAAUUGAAAGUGUUUAGCCCAGGGCCUGUCACAGAGUAGGUGUUCAGUAAGUGGAACCAUUGUGGUUCUUAUUAUGGUCGUCUUCCCUACCCAUCCCACCUUAGUCCCAGCCUCAUGGUCCAAGAGGAAAGACCCCACUCCCCACCUCAUCUCUGGAGUGUAGGCUUUGCCUUCAGGUAGACCUGGGUUCCAACACUGACUCUAAACGGACCAGCUGUGGACUUUGGGCAGGUUACUUCUUUGCACCUCAGUUUCCUAUCAGGACCGUGGCAUGAAAUAGUACCCAUUCUUUAGGGUUGCAGUUAUUUAUCAAAUACUAUACAUGUUUGUAAAGCGCUCAGCACAGUGCCCAACACAUGCGGGCACUCAGUAAAUGUUAGCAGGGAUGAUAUUGAUUUUAGGAGGCAGCCAAGAGCUCUCUGCCUACAGAGCUCACCUCCUGCCCUUUUCCCAAUCACCUGCAGGGGCUGGGACUGGGACAGACAUAGAGCAAGAGCUGGGCAGUGUCGGACACUGCGUCCCCAGGCAUGACUGCCUCCACUGCUCACUGACCACAGGAGCUCAGACACCUUGGACCCCGUCCACCUCCCCCUCAGUACCCCUGCACCCAUCCAGGACUCGAGUCUGACACUGCCUGACCGGAACCCACGGAAGAGGAGCAAAUCAGAGAGGUGGAGGCAGCGGGGGAGGAUAGGAAGGUAGGGAGUAGGUGCUAGAUGUGCAGCCAGGCCUGACUCUUCAAGCCCAUCAUCUCCCACUGUUUGCCCAGGGCUCCCCCCCACCACACCUCUCUGCUCCCAGGCCCUCAGCAGGCAAAAGUAUUUCUCCUGUCAGCCCCAGGCUGAUGGCCCACGGCCGUGACUUGAACCUCCCUGUGGCUGUCAGGGCCAGGAGACCACCUGAAGGAGGGAGGCAGGCAUCCUUGGGCGUGCUAAAGCAUCGCCCCCCUAAAGCAUGCCAGGCUUCCUGUCCUUUUCCCACCGUUGGGGAGAGAAAAGGGUGCAGGUGAUCCCAGCGGCCUGUGAAGAAGAGGUGGCAGGAGCAGGUGAGCUGGUGCAGGAAGGGGAACAUGUGUUUAGGACAGGUCAUGGGAGAAUGGUUUGAGCAAGGAUGGCCUCCAAGGGUCCUGCCUCCUGGAGGCAGCUCAGGGCAGCCUAGUAUUUGGAAUCGUGAGAGUUGGGGCUUCUAGCGUUGGCCCCUAGGACAAGGCACAGUUCACAGGCACCCUCAAUGGCAGAGCUGGAAAGGUUUUCAGACGUCACCCAGUACUUUCACACAUGGGAUGGUGGCCAUACUGUACCUCUUCAGAAGGGUGAGACACAGCAGCCUAGUUCCAGAAAAGUUCUUAACCUUCAACCCCUCAGAGCUACAGACACACACACACGCCAGAAUCCAGGCUUUUCUCUUGGCUCAGGCCUCUUGUUGCUUCCUAUACAAAGCCCCCCUGAGUGAGGACGAGUGGCUUCUCUCCCUGUGCAGCUGCCUCUCCAGUUCCGGGGGCCUCGUUUCCCCAGGGUCCUUUGAUCCCUAAGGCAUAUGUCAGAUUCUCUCCAUUUCUAGGUGCCACUCUCAGCCUGACCCCGAGAAUGGGGCUGAGAGAGUCAGGGGUCUUAUCAAGACUGAGUUUCUUUUCAGAGAGCCUUGUUUUGUUACCAUGGCUUGGUUUGUGCCAUGUCCCAGGAGGGGACAUCUAAACCUAAACUGCCCCAUGUUGGUGGCAAAAAAAAAAAAAAGGGAAAGCCUAGCUUUCAGCCCCGCAGUCUAGGCCAACUCUGAACUGGAACCCAGGACUCAGGACUUCCAAUUCCCUUUUUCUUUUCCAUCAGCUUCAGGCAAGAGUCGAAGUCCUUUAGGCCAGGACUUUGUGGAUUAUGGUGUCUGGACAGGGGACUCCGGGAUGGGUAGCUGGAAGCCCUCUCCUACUUUACUCCUGGGGCAGCCUAGCGGUAUAACUGGGGAGAGCACCAAUGCUUCCAGCAGUGGUAAAUGUGGGCUCCCUGGUCUCUGUGCCCAACAGCCACCCGCCUGCCCCUACAUGGAGACUUUUUUUAGGAGACGCUUCCAGCGGAAGGCCCCAGGUCCUGGAGAGGGGCAGUGGCGGCCCAGCGGUGUGGGGCUGCCCACGGGCAAGGCGCGGCGCCGCUCCCCUGCAGGCCAGGCCUCUUCCUUGCUAACACAGAGGCGCCGCUCCAGCGCGCAGCUCCAGGGCUGCCUCCUGGGCUGUGGGAUGCGGACCCGGGGCACCAGUCGCCGCCGAUCCAGCACCGCGCCCCCCGCCUGCAACCCCCGCUUCACCGUGGAUGAGGUGCCCACCCCACAGCCUGCCACUGUUCUGGGCGCACCCCUGCUGUUGACCAGGCUUGUGGGCAUGAAUGAGGAGGAGGAGCAGGAGGAGAAGGAGGAGAAGGAGGAGGGGGUCCAAGAGGAGGAUGUGACAGUUGCAGCGUUGAGUGCCACCCAGCAAGGCACCAAGAGACCAGGGCCAACCCCACACCUGGGCACCCGGCCCUUGCUGUCCGUGCCCCGUUGCCUGCGCCGAGCUUCCUCUCACCUGUUCCCUGCUGACAGGGUGUAUGACCACGCCCUCUGGGGCCUGCAGGGUUACUAUCGGCGCCUCAGCCAGCAGUGGCCUUCAGGCCAGCACCCUGGCCCUGGGGGCGGAAGAGCCUCAGGCACCACAGCUGGCCCCAUGAUGCCCGCCCGUGUGCGCCCACUCUCCCGCAGGCGCCAGGUAGCCCUACGGCGCAAGUCGGCGGGACCCCCGGCCUGGAGCGCCCUGCUUGCGAAAGCCAUCACCAAGUCGGGCCUCCAGCACCUGGCACCACCCCCGCCGGCUCCCGGGGCUCCGUGCAGCGAGCCAGAGCGGCAUAUCCGGAGCACUGUGGACUGGAGUGAGUCCGCGACGUAUGGAGAGCAUAUCUGGUUCGAGACCAACGUGUCGGGGGACUUCUGCUAUGUUGGGGAGCAGUACUGUGUAGCUAAGAUGCUGCAGAAGUCAGUGUCCCGGAGAAAGUGUGCAGCCUGCAAGAUCGUGGUGCACACCCCCUGCAUUGAACAGCUGGAGAAGAUAAAUUUCCGCUGUAAGCCGUCCUUCCGUGAAUCAGGCUCCAGGAACGUCCGUGAGCCAACCUUUGUGCGGCAUCACUGGGUACACAGGCGACGCCAAGAUGGCAAGUGUCGGCACUGUGGGAAGGGCUUCCAGCAGAAGUUCACCUUCCACAGCAAAGAGAUUGUGGCCAUCAGUUGCUCCUGGUGCAAGCAAGCAUACCACAGCAAGGUAUCCUGCUUCAUGCUGCAGCAGAUCGAGGAACCGUGCUCCCUGGGGGUCCACGCCGCUGUGGUCAUCCCGCCCACCUGGAUCCUCCGUGCCCGCAGGCCCCAGAACACCCUCAAGGCAAGCAAGAAGAAAAAGAGAGCAUCCUUCAAGAGGAAAUCCAGCAAGAAAGGGCCCGAGGAGGGCCGCUGGAGACCCUUCAUCAUCAGGCCCACCCCAUCCCCCCUCAUGAAGCCCCUGCUGGUGUUUGUGAACCCCAAGAGUGGGGGCAACCAGGGCGCUAAAAUCAUCCAGUCCUUCCUCUGGUAUCUCAACCCCCGACAAGUUUUUGACCUGAGCCAGGGAGGGCCCAAGGAGGCGCUGGAGAUGUACCGCAAAGUGCACAACCUGCGGAUCCUGGCGUGCGGGGGUGAUGGCACGGUCGGCUGGAUCCUCUCCACCCUGGACCAACUGCGCUUAAAACCGUCGCCACCUGUUGCCAUCCUGCCCCUGGGCACUGGCAACGACUUGGCCCGUACCCUCAACUGGGGCGGGGGCUACACAGAUGAGCCCGUGUCUAAGAUCCUGUCCCAUGUGGAGGAGGGGAACGUGGUGCAGCUAGACCGCUGGGACCUCCACGCAGAGCCCAACCCUGAGGCAGGGCCUGAGGAGCGUGACGAAGGCGCUACUGACCGGCUACCGCUGGACGUCUUCAACAACUACUUCAGCCUGGGCUUUGAUGCCCAUGUCACCCUGGAGUUUCACGAGUCUCGAGAGGCCAACCCAGAGAAAUUCAACAGCCGCUUUCGGAAUAAGAUGUUCUAUGCCGGGACAGCCUUCUCCGACUUCCUCACAGGCAGCUCCAAGGACUUGGCCAAGCACAUCCGCGUGGUGUGUGACGGAACUGACCUGACCCCCAAGAUUCAGGACCUGAAACCCCAGUGCAUUGUUUUCCUGAACAUCCCCAGGUACUGCGCAGGCACCAUGCCCUGGGGCCACCCUGGGGAGCACCACGACUUUGAGCCCCAGCGGCACGAUGACGGUUACCUCGAGGUCAUCGGCUUCACCAUGACGUCCCUGGCAGCGCUGCAGGUGGGCGGGCAUGGCGAGCGGCUGACGCAGUGCCGUGAGGUGGUGCUCACCACGUCCAAGGCCAUCCCGGUGCAGGUGGACGGUGAGCCCUGCAAGCUGACUGCCUCGCGCAUUCACAUUGCCCUGCGCAACCAGGCCACCAUGGUGCAGAAGGUCAAGCGACGCAGCGCCACCCCCCUGCACAGCGACCAGCAGCCAGUGCCUGAGCAGCUGCAGAUCCAGGUGAGCAGGGUCAGCAUGCAUGACUAUGAGGCCCUGCAUUAUGACAAGGAGCAGCUCAAGGAGGCCUCCGUGCCAGUGGGCACUGUGGUGGUCCCAGGAGACAGCGACCUGGAGCUCUGCCGCGCCCACAUCGAGAGGCUCCAGCAGGAGCCAGAAGGUGCUGGAGCCAAGUCCCUGACAUACCAGAAACUGUCCCCCAAGUGGUGCUUCCUGGAUGCCACCACUGCCAGCCGUUUCUACAGGAUCGACCGGGCCCAGGAACACCUCAACUAUGUGACUGAGAUCGCACAGGACGAGAUUUAUAUCCUGGACCCAGAGCUGCUGGGGGCAUCAGCCCGGCCUGACCUCCCAACCCCCACGUCCCCUCUCCCCACUUCCCCCUGCUCACCCACACCCCGGUCACUGCCAGGGGAUGCCGUACCCCCUAAAGGUGAAGAGCUGGUUGAGGCUGCCAAGAGGAACGACUUCUGUAAGCUCCAGGAGCUGCACCAAGCCGGGGGUGACCUCAUGCACCGGGACGAUCGGAGUCGCACGCUCCUGCACCACGCAGUCAGCACCGGCAGCAAGGAAGUGGUCCGCUACCUGCUGGACCACGCCCCCGCAGAGAUCCUUGAUGCUGUAGAGGAAAAUGGCGAGACCUGUCUGCACCAGGCGGCAGCCCUGGGCCAGCGCACCAUCUGCCACUACAUCGUGGAGGCUGGGGCCUCGCUCAUGAAGACAGACCAGCAGGGCGACACUCCCCGGCAGCGGGCCGAAAAGGCUCAGGACACGGAGCUGGCCGCCUACCUGGAGAACCGGCAGCACUACCAGAUGAUUCAGCGGGAGGACCAGGAGACAGCGGUGUAGCGGAGGCCAAUGCUGAGGAAGGGGGACAGGACCGGCCAGAGCAUGACCCCCCUCCUCGCCCACCUCACUGCCACAUUCCAGUGGGAC